AGGGGACGACACCAGCACGUCACGUCACGAGCAGCAGCGGCGGCGGCGGCGAGGAGGAGUAGAGUAGGUGAGGUGAAUCGGGGGAGGGAGGAAUCCAAGAAGAAGCAGGUAAUUAAUCGAUCGAUCGGGAGGGGGAGAUGGCUCGCGCGGGCGGGCAUGGGAUGGGGAACCCGGUGAACGUGGGGAUCGCGGUGCAGGCGGACUGGGAGAACCGCGAGUUCAUCUCCAACAUCUCCCUCAACGUCCGUCGCCUCUUCGACUUCCUCCUCCGAUUCGAAGCUACUACGAAGAGCAAACUUGCGUCCUUGAAUGAGAAGCUGGACAUCCUAGAGCGGAAACUGGAGGUGCUUGAGGUUCAAGUGAGCAGCGCAACAACCAAUCCAUCCGUUUUCAACUAGUAAGUGCAGUUAAGGGCUGCUUGUCUGCACAUAAGUAGUGCUUUCAAUGUGUUAUGGGUUCAAAAGGACAGAGCUUUGGAUGUCUGUAUUGUGGGUGCAAGAGGAGAGGUUGUUCCUGUGUGUUUCUCUGUCUGUGUGUGUGUGUGUGUGUGUGUGUGUGUUAAUCUGUAUGCAGUGCCAGUAGCGUGCAAGGCAGCUUCUUUUCUACUCAAUUCCAUGUACAAUUGUAACGUGUUCCAAGUUUGUGUGGAGAUAACUAACCGAUUGUUGAGUGCAAACCUGCAAUGUUGCCUGCUUGCUUGUUGGAA